AUGGCAUCAACAGCCUCCAUCGAUGUGGACGCCAAAGUUCAGAGAGCCCUCGUGGGCACCAAAUUCGAGCCCUCAUCCUUGACGAAACUCUCAGGAGGCUCCGUCAACUGGAUCUAUCUCGUAAAGUUAUCGACACCCCUCGAUGAUGGGACAACAGAAGUUCUGGUUAAGCAUGGAGAGCCCUGGAUGGCCUCUAAGCCCGAGUUUCCACUACCCCUGCUUCGCUGCAGCAUUGAAAUGGAAAGCCUGAGGGUUCUGUCUGGUCGUUCCUCCUUUGGAAGAUCUGCUUCCACGGAUAUCUAUACUUUUGUCGCUCGAACACCAAACUUCUUCCACUUUGAUGACAACGCCGCCAACCAGAUACUAGAAUUUCUACCCGAUGGGAUAAAUUUAAAGGACUAUGUUCUACAGCAUUACAACGCUCCGACUCCCAAGUCCUUUGAACCGCAAUGCCGCCAUCUGGGCAAGGCAUUGGGUAAAUGGCUCAGAGGCUUUAUCGAUUGGACUACACGACAGGUCAAACACCGACAUGUCGUGGCCCAGAGCGACCUCGGCCAGGAGAUCAAGCACAUGGUCAACUUUUUAUGGCUGUACGAACGCAUCAAAGACUUUCCGGAUAUUCUCGACCCUGUAAAGGACAUUCUUGGACAGGUUGAGCAAAUGGCCGCUGCGGAGACAAAGGAGGUUAGCAAGCACCAGAUCAUCCAUGGUGACUUUUGGACCGGAAAUAUUAUUCUACCCAAUGCCCCAAUCCAGCAAGGCACCGAGGUGCCCAUGUUGGUCAUCGACUGGGAAUCUACCCAACUCGGGUUGCCCAGCGCCGACUUUGGACAAAUGAUUGCCGAGAUGUACGCUUUAUGGCUGUACAAGUCCAUCACCGCGGGACUAUGGAUGAUGGAGGGCUUCAUCGAUGCGUAUGGCAAUGUCAGUCAAGACUUCGCCUUCCGCACCGCCAUACAGACGGGUGCGCAUCUGCUGUGCAUUACCACGACGUUUCCGGGAUGGGGAACGCCUGAACAGGUUCGAGAGGUUGCUCGUGUGGGGAGGGAUAUCAUUGUACAUGCUUGGAAGAAGGACGCUGCUUGCAUCCCAUCAACGACGAUGCCUAAGAUGACCAUCCUCCUUGAUCAGCAGUCUACCGCACCUCGCAGCACCGUGACGGUGACAGCAAAACCUGACCCCACACCUAAAGCCGAAUGUGACUUUGCGGAUGGAACUAUCUAUUGGGAAUUUCUCAUCUCUGGGAUCUUUGACUGGGCUGAUGACGGAGGCAAAAAGUUGAAGGAGGAGGAGAGUGGCUGUGGGGCGCUAACAAACUGGAAGUGGCUCGAUGGGAGUGACCAUAACCAGGGCCAUCAGGCCUCUUUCCGCCUCCCAUUCUUUAUGAAGUCGGGUUGUGUGGAGCGAGCCAUCGUCUCGGCUGGUGGGCCAAAGAUCUAA